AUGAGUUUGAGUAGAUUGAGGGCUGCAGUGAGAUAUGAUUUAGUGAAAGUUAGUCCAUCUGGCGCCCUAGUUGCGAAGCUAUGGGGACCUUGUACUAGACGGGAAGUUAGUACUAGUGACACUCGACGAGCUGUUGCACAACAAAACACGAAACCAGACUGGAACAGGGCAGUGAGCGAGGCCGAGAAGAUCGUUGGUUACCCAACCUCUUUCCUCAGCUUAAGAUGGGUGCUAAGUGAUGAAAUAGCCAACGUUGCUCUACACUUGCGAAAGCUUGUUGGAAGUAAUCAUCCAUUACUUAAAACCGCGAAAAAUCUAAUUUACAAUGGAAAAAAUAACAUGCAAGCGUGGGGUCUCAUUGUUUUAUUGGUGUCGAAGGCAGCGGGGCAUAGCCCGGAGAUCCCCGACAUGGAGCAAGACAAAGCAGCUGGAGUUUUGCACAGUCAACGAGCGCUUGCUGAGGUCACAGAAAUGAUACGUACCUCGCAUCUGGUACACAAAGGCCUGGUCAACAUGAACGCUCGGCAAGUGGUCGCCGGGGAACCUGACGACAUGAUGUUUGGGAACAAAAUCGCUCUACUUAGUGGCGAUUAUCUACUCGCUAACUCCUGUUCGGAACUCGCUAACUUGAGGAAUCAAGAGCUAGUCGAACUGAUGUCAUCAGCAGUACGAGAUCUAGCCGAAGCAGAAUUUCUUGGGGACCGCGACGAACAAAACAACCCUUUGCCUUCGCGACCAUUGCCAGAAGACCAAAGAGAGACCGCAUCUGAGUGGGAUUGUAUCCUAGCACCUUUACCAAUGAAGGGUGUAGCAGGGUGUGCGCAGAGGGAAUGGGCGGCGCGACACGUGCUAGCUGCUGGGGCCUUGUUGGGAAAAAGCUGUUCUGCAGCUUUAAAGCUCGCUGGACAUAAACCUGCUUUGCAAACUCAGGGCUAUCUCUUCGGUUGUCAUCUCGCUCUUGCAUGGCAAGCGUUUUUAGAUUUAGAAGCUUUCACGGGACCCGAACCCGCUAGCUUUUCCCUCGUGGGGGCACCCUUAGCCUUCACUUUGGAAGACCGGCCGGAGUUGUAUUCAUACAUAGAGGCUGGCAAAAAGAGUGUGCACGAUGUGGACUAUCACGCGCUGUACGCGGCGGUGGUGGCGGGCGCCGGCAUCGAGCGCACCAAGCAGCUCAUCCGCCAGCACAUCUCACGCGCGCGCGCCGUGCUGCCCGCCUUCCCCUACUGCGACGCGCGCACCGCGCUCGCCAACAUCAUCGUCGCCAUGCACCCC